CAUUUUCAUUAACACUUUCCGGCCUCCCUCCCCUCCGAAGACAGUUUUUGUCAGCGGGCGGAGACUAACUGGAAAUGUAAAAGAAAGUGGAUGACGCCUUACAGUUUACAGAGUGACAGCUGGGUUGGCCAAUCAGGACGGGUUUCCUGAUGGACGCUUUGGUCUCCUGUGGUAUGUCCUUGCCCACAUUUUUUUUUGUAGAACAGAGUAAGUCCAACAUCAAGUUUUUCGCACGGGUUUAUUAUUUAUUUCGUUAAUUUAGCCAGACUGUGGUGCUCUGAAUUGACUACUAGGAAGGUAGAAAGUUGAAGAAUAGCUAGCCUACCUAGCACAAAACAUCACGCUCAAGUUACAAAGAUGGUAUGAAAACGCUGAACAGAUGCUGACGGCCGACAUCAUGAAGCGCAUGUCACUACGUUUGUUUGGGCUUGUCUUUUUUCUGCCCUUUGGCUGUGCAGUCGGUUUCUAUAAUAGCUGUGCAAAAAUAUAUCCAGACUCAAGAGAGCGUAUUGCAGUUGAACUGGGGAAGGAAUUCACAGCUGUCUGUAAUCUUCAGGAAGAUUCAAUAUACAAUGCUGAUGACAUUAAAUGGUUCUUGGGAACUGUUGCUCUUCCACAGAAAUCUUACACAAAACUAAACAAAUCGGCCAUUGCUGUUACUGUGAAUAUCAGCAGUGACAUGAACGACCCAUUGAUCUGUAAGGCUGCUAAACAGAUUUUUUCAUAUGAAGAUCCAUGCCAAUAUGGCAUCUUCCUUGAUAUAGGACAUCCUCCUUUAAAGCCAAAGGAUCUGCAAUGUAUUGCUCUUCAAGAUGGCAACAGUAUUUCUCCUGAACUGUCAUGUUCAUGGGAUCCAGGGACAAGAGACCCAAUGAUUCGCACCAACUAUACACUUUAUAUAAGCUUUUUUUCUAUCCUACUAAAUGGUACAAGUUACAAGUAUUCAACACCCAACCUCACAGUCAAUUUAGGGAUCUUCCCCAAUCACGUGCUGUUAACAGUCUGGGUAGAAGCAAAGAACGAAUUGGGGGCUGCGAAAUCAGACAGUCUAACUGUUGACUCUGAAUAUUUCGCCAAACCAAAGCCACCUGCAAAUGUAAGGAUUAUUCCAGAGGAUGGUUUCCCAACAUCUUUAAUGGUGAACUGGACACAUCCACUUCAUGAAACAACCUUCAAGCUGAGAUACCACAUCAGAUACUGCCAAGCAGGUUGCAGUGUUUGGCAAGAGAUAUCCCAGGAUUUAACAAAAGCUUACACUGAGUCCUUCAGAAUGCAGCGUCUUCAGCCUUACACAGAUUAUGUGGUGCAGAUGCGCUGUAUUCAUCAUAAAGGUUUGGGCUACUGGAGUGACUGGAGUACAAAUGCAACAGCUCGUACCCCAGAAGCCACUCCUGGUGGCAGACCAGAUCUCUGGAGAGUCUAUGAAGAGGACUCCAGUAACACUGUUGUUAAGCUGAUUUGGAAGGAUCCUGAGAAGGCCAAUGGUAAAAUACUGGGGUAUGAUGUUACGGUUGUGGAAGAUGGACAUUCUGUGAGCCGUGCUGUCAGUUCCAAAGAGCAUAAGUUCUCCCUUAAGGGAAAAGAGGCUUCAAUCAGAAUUACUGCAAAUAAUUCAGCAGGAGUUUCACCUGCAGCCAUGUUAGAGAUCCCAAGACCUGGAAGAAAUCUCCCUCCUGGAGUGGAACAAGUGAAUUGCUUAGCGCAGGAUGGCCAGCUGUGGGUGAACUGGCUUCCACCAUCCCAUAGGCAUCCCACUGAAUAUGUAAUAGAAUGGGUUUCAGUGCCUAAUAAAGAGAUCGGCUGGCAAAGAGUGUUGAGCAGUGCCAAUAAUGUCGCCAUUAAAGAGUUAAAGCCAUUCAAACGCUACAACAUAUCAGUCUACCCAAUUUAUCGGGUUAGAAACCACAGCUCCUACUGUCCAGGGACACAAGUCACUGUACAAGCCUAUCUCCAGGAAGGACCUCCUCUGAAAGGUCCAGGUGUUAAUGUGACUGCAACAGGGAAAACCAGCGCUCAACUGAAAUGGAACGAAAUUCCUAUUGAUGAUCAGCAGGGCUUUCUCAUCAAUCAAACAAUUUUCUACAAAACAGGAAACAAUAUGCAAAAUGUUGUGGUUCCGUCUAACACUUACUCGUACAAGCUGACUGGACUGGCUCGUGAUAGUCAUUAUGAUGUAUACAUCAUGGUGACCAACCAGGCGGGCUCAAAAAAUGGACUUAAUUAUAAUUUCCACACAAAAAAGUAUGACGAUGGUGAAAUCGACCUGAUUGUCGUGAUGGUGUGCUUGAGCUUCCUGUUCUUUGUACUUUUCAUAAUGUUCUUCAUCAUCAAGAAGAAAGAAUUGUUGAAGAGGCAUUUCUGGCCGCAGGUCCCCGACCCGUCCCACAGCACUAUUGCUAACUGGUCACCUGACUGUCCCAACAAGCCGGACACUCCAAAAGAAAGCAUCCUGGCAGAGGUGAGCGUGGUGGAGGUAGACAUGGAUGAUAGAAAGUCCCUGUGUGAUGAGGAUAAGGCAGUGAUGCCACUCAAGAAGUACUUUUCAGAGGAGCGCAGCAGCGGCAUCGGUGGUUCGUCCGGCAUGUCCACUCCGCGCCAGAGCGUGUCGUCCAAUGACGAGGCCGACUCGGGCCAGACCACGGCCAGCACUGUGCAGUACUCCGCUGUAGUGAGCAGUGGCUAUAAAGGCCAGACCCCCGGCACACAGGCGGCCACGUUCUCCCGUUCUGAAUCGACCCAGCCGCUACUGGAAUGUGAGGAAAACCCAGAGCACCUGUCUGAGGCCAGCGGCCACCACACAAACUGCUACUUCAAACGACGUAGAGGCCUGGAGCAGCUGCACAUGGACGAGGGAGAGGACCCUAGCUUUGGCUCUUUGAGCUUUAGUCCAAUGGAGGAGGAAGACUCGCCCACUCUGACUGAGGAUCCUCCAGGACCUGCCCCUGGUUACAUGCCGCAACAGAGUGGCUACCGUCCACAGUGAGAGGACAAAAACACUAUCAAUGUUAGCGCAAUCUUGUGCCUUCUUCUGGUGACCCGAUUUUCAUUGCCAUGUUUCAAAGCCCAUUUAAGUUUCACACUAACUGCUGCUAAAUUUAAGAAACUGGUUGUCUCAUGACUGUGUUGUUUCAGUUUUCAGAUAAAAUUAUAUUAUUGCCAUGUUUAAUAUCCGCAUAAGUACUGGCAAUGACAGUUUAAUUUUGUAUAUUGACACUUUUUUAAUUUAGUGUUUGAGUACUUGCAAGUUGCUUUUGUAAUGUUACACAUGCUAUAGGUUUAAAGCAUAUACAGUACCCUCCAGAAUUAUUGGCUUUCAUGAAAAUGAGCAAAAUAUAGUCUAUAGCAUUCAAUAAGUGUUAUUUUAAACUCAAAUGUACAUGGAGAUUGUAUAGUUUUAUAGUUUAUAACUUUUUUUUUUUUUUCCAAAGAAAGAAGUAGCACCAUUUUUCCCUACAAAACACUGCCUUGAAAAGAAUAACUGCACUGAGACUCUUCCUGUAGUAUCUACACUUGUAGAGGUAUAUUGCUGAUAAAGUGUAUGAGCAAAACAUUUUGAACUCCUCUGACUACAACACAUGAUGCCAAUUAUGGUUUUAAUGAUGCUUGGUGAAGUUGAGGAGCUCUCAGAAGGGACUUCUUUCUUGCAACGCUUGCAAACAGCUUGUUGUUUUGAAAAUAGCAUUGUACAAGAAUCAAUUCAACUGUUCAGUUCUAAAACUGAGAUCUCUGGGCUCUUUUCCUCCACCUGAUUUUAAGGUGGAACAGUGUGUUCAUGGGUCAAAUUCCUGUAAAAUUUCUAGCCAUUUCAGACAUUCUGGUUAAAACUGUGCCUAAUGAUAUUUUUAACUACCUGUGUAGUUUUUAUUUAUGUAGCAUCUGUCUUUUUUUUAAAUUCCUUGUUUUCUCCAUGGUAAUGGAUGAUGAAGGGAUUUUACAAGCCUGCAACCUUAAAAUGUAUAACCACAAAAACAGGAUCAUGGUUAAAGGCAACAACAGAUCCUGUGGACCGAGUGCAAAGUUUUUCAAGAAUGACAGUUUCUCUGCAUUUAUUUGAAAUAUUCUUUCGGGGUGUCAAUAAUAUUGGCAAAUAUUUUUGAGAGAAAAAAAUCUAUUUUAAAAAUGUUCUAAUGACUGAUUUUUUUUGUUAGAAAAAAAUAUAAAUGGUUCCUCUUAUUGUUUGAGUGUAUAUUUUGAAUUAUUGUGUGUAAUGUUUCUUUUCUACAAUAAUUCUUGCAUGUUUUUUAUGAAGGGUGCCAAUAUGUCUGGAGGGCACUGUAUAAGUGGCUGAGCCAUUCAACUGUUAAGCCCAAUGUAAAUAUUUACUCUAAAAGAGUAAGAUGAUGAAAUUCAUUUUGAGAAGGCCUUAUAUUCAGUCUAAUGUGUUCAGUUACUGAUUUACCUUUUUUUUUUGGUUUAAAGGAAAAGGUCUUGGAUUUUUUUUUUUUUUUUUUUUCGGAAUAUAGUGAAGCUUUUAUUAUUUUGAAAGUAUGUGCAGAAAGACCAUUGCCACAAGUGCUUUUUAAAAUGUUUCCCAAAGUUUCAUCAUGUACUUACCCCAGCUUAGGCACGAUUAAUUGUGGUUAGUAUUUGUUUGUGACCAAGAGUUGGUUGUUUUGGAACGUUACAUUUGUUGGACUGAGGUUGAUUUUCAGCCUAAUUCACUUUACAUUUACGACUGUCAGUACUGACUCAGAAGUACUGGCACCCAGAGUGCGUUUUAGGACAAGUGAAAUCUCUGAAGAAUCUAGGACUUGUGUAUUUCCCAAGUAUUGUUGCACUUUUUGCCACCUACUAUGGAGCUUCAGCCAGUUUUUCAGGAUGUCCAUACUCCACAUGGAUAAAAAUUGUGUGUAUGUAUACAAAAAUAACUCAACACUACAGUAAUUUUGAAGUUAGAGAGCAGGAGACCUGUUUAAUGCAUGCUUUUUCACAUAUCCAUUUCUAGUAUCUUGUGAAAAGUAUUCACUGACAUUACACUUUGUAGUAACCAUAUGAGAAAUAAAGGUUCAUUUAUCACAA